UCACGAUGUUCUACUGAGAACGAUAAUUGACAACUUGUGAGAAACAUGUCGCAGUACACUAUUUUUUAAAUUUAUACACUGUGCCUCGAUUCGGUUGGUUUUUUCUUGUGUAAAUUCGCUUGUUCCCCAACUUUUAUGACCCCCGGGUCCGGUGACCCCAUAGUAACUGUCUGAUCUUCGCGUCUGUGUUCCGCUUAAAACGCUUGAUGCGACACCGCAUCGAGGCAGUUGCUCUUUAGAACCUCCGUCGCAAUGUUCUGGCUCGGAUUCGGUUUGCUGUUGAUCGCGUUGUCCCUAUACCUGCUGUAUGUCUACGAGCGGCAGACCAGAAUCGACCGCCUCACCCACAAUUGGCCAGCUCCCCCCGCCCUGCCCUUCAUUGGCCAUCUGCACAUCCUGGCCAAGUUGGUGGGGCCGCAUCCUCUGCGCCGGGCCACCGAAAUGAUUACCAACCAUCUGAAGGAUCACCGCGGAAAACUGUGGAUGGGCACCAAGCUCUACCUCUUGGACUGCAAUCCCAAGGAUAUCCAGGCACUGUGCAGUGCCCAGCAGCUGCUGCAGAAGACCAACGACUACAGGGUAUUUGAGAACUGGCUCUGCGAGGGCCUCUUCACCAGUGGAUUCGAGAAGUGGUCCCAUCGCCGAAAGAUCGUAAUGCCGGCCUUUAACUACACCAUGAUCAAGCAGUUUGUUGCAGUCUUCGAGAAGCAGUCGAGGAUUCUCCUCUCGAAUGUCCAGAAAUUUGCCGAAUCCGGGGAGGAAAUUGACUUCCUGCAACUGAUCAGCUGCUUCACUCUGGACACUAUUUGUGAAACGGCCCUCGGAGUCUCUGUGGGUUCGCAGUCGAACGCCAAAUCGGACUACCUCGAUGCUGUGAAAUCAAUCCUUGUGAUCAUCGAUAAGCGACUGAAGAACAUCUUCUACCGCAACGCGUUUAUUUUCAAACACACCUCGCAUUACAAGCGGGAACAGGAGCUGAUUAAAACGCUUCACGGCUUCACAGAGGGCAUUAUCCAGAAACGAAUGGAUGAAAUGAAUGAGGAUGCUGAGAAUCGCAACUACCAGAGUAAUGAUGCGGAAUUGGACGGCGUCAAGCGGACCCACUGCUUUCUGGACACCUUGCUAAUGUCCACGGGUCCCGAUGGCAAACCAUUGUCGGUCAAGGAUAUUCGCGAGGAAGUGGACACCAUCAUAUUUGGGGGCUUCGAUCUCACGGCCACCACGCUCAACUUCUUCAUGUACAACAUGACGCUGCAUCCGGAGCACCAGCAGCGAUGUCGCGAGGAGGUGUGGUCCGUGUGCGGCAAGGACAAAAGUGAACCCAUCACCAUGGAACAGGUGCGGCAGCUGGAGUUCCUAGAGGCUUGCAUCAAGGAAACGCUGCGGAUGUAUCCCUCAGGUCCACUCACUGCCAGAAAGGCCACAGCCAACUGCACAGUUAAUGACUUCUUCAUUCCGAAGGGCAGCGAUGUAAUCAUUUCACCCAUUUACAUGGGCCGCUGCAAGGACUUCUUCCCGGAUCCCAUGGUCUUCAAGCCAGAUCGCUGGGCGAGUGGAGCGGAGCCCAAAAUCGAGGCCACCACCUUCGUACCCUUUAUGACGGGGGCGCGGAGUUGCAUGGGCCAGCGAUACGCCAUGGUGAUGCUGAAAGUGGUGCUAGCCCACCUGCUGAGGAACUUCCUGUUCGAGCCCCUUGGCGAGCGACAGGUGAAGCUGAAGCUGAACUUUGUGAUCACCCUUCAUACCGUUGAACCCUAUCUAUGUAGAGCUAAACAUCUAGAUUGAGGCUAGCCAGCAGUUUUUCACUUAGCCAAUACGUUUGUCAAUAAAGUUAGGUAAUAGUAUGUAUAAUAGAUACAUGUAGCUUA